GCAUCCAACCAGCCGAAGCAGCGAGCACAAAGCGGCAGUCAAGGAGGCGGUGGCAGCAGCCAUGCAGAAGAAGGCGCCGGCGGCAGCCCGGGGCCAGGCAGCAGGAGUGGGAGGAGUGAGGAGGAAAUGGCAGCCAGGCAGGAGCAGUGGGACGAGGAGAAGGCAGCGGGACCUCAGCUGCAGGCGCUGCCGGCCGCCAUGAGCGCGGCAUCGGCAGAAGCGGCGGCAGCGGCGGCGGGGGCGGAGGCACUGCCGCCACCAAUGAUGCCGGUCAACAUCCAGCCGUCCAGCUAUCAGACGGGCUGCCGCAUCCGCGGCCGGUACGGCGACACCGCCUGCAUCGAGCGCGGGCGCGGCAUGUGCGACCCGGCCAACGCCGAGGCGGUAGCGGCGGUCCGCUCGGCCGCCUCCGUCAAGGCGCGCACCACCUGCAGCCGUGGCGUCUGCAGGAAGUGGCAGGCCCGGGCUGCGGUGCAGAGGUUCCGGGCCAAGAAGAAGGCGCAGCUGGCGGCGGCGGAGGUGGUGGACAUCAGCAGUGACAGCGACAGCGACGUGGAGAUCGUGGGUUGAGGCCAGUUGAGUGCCGGGGAGUGCGAGUGCAGGGGCCAUUUUGUGCCCCCAA